UGUGUGCUGGCUGGCGGGCUCCGAUGCAGGGAGCGUGGAGGGAGAGCCGGGGCCAGAGGCCACGCCAGCAAGCCCUUUCUCCAAUUCACGGGAAACGCGUCCUGCGAGACACAAAGCGUCUGACCGUCUGGAGGGAGGUCCUGUAGUCCUCGCAAGUCUAGACUCCGCGUUUUUUUCCGGGAGAGGGAGGAGGGAGAGACAGCACCGCUUAGAAGUGCCCCGAGUGCUCCGGAGGUAAGGGGAGCCGGGCUGCUGCUGUGAUCUGUGCAUCGGCAGGAGGAGGCAGGAAUGGCAAAGCGGCCGCUGCAGCUGCCUUCUCGGGCGCAGUCACAGCCACAGCGCCAGGGCUAGGCCGGCGAGCAGCGGGAUCCGCAGGCUGGGGGAGAUGCAAGAUGCCCUGAUGUUUGCGAAUCUCUCCAGCUGACAAUGGCUAUUGACAAGCCCAGAAACUCUCCUGCCCGGGGCCAUCGCCGCUUGUUAGCAGUGGUCUCUUCGGGAAUAUGAAGCAUCUUUCCGGGAGGUUUCUAGUCCAGAGACAGUAAGUCCCUCAAGAAGAAGAGAUCAGAUUACCCCAAACAGAGAAAACAAAGUUUGGGGCCGGUCUGCCAGCCAAGAUGGUGUUUUUAGAAACUACCUAGGAGACAGAAGCUAAGUGUUGAUUUGUCCAGGCGUCUUUUCUUACCUGGGAGCGGAAGGUGGGAAGAAAUGGACAGAGGCUCUGAGAAGGGAAGGCUCAAUGCGCCUCAGUGAAGCCGCGCGCUGACUGCAUCCUGCACCGGCUCUUCAUGCAGUGCUGUGGGUUGGUACAUCGGAGGCGAGUCCGGACGUCCUAUGGUUCGGCAGACUCCUACACCAGCCGUCCGUCGGAUUCCGAUGUUUCUUUGGAGGAGGAUCGCGAGGCAGUGCGCAGAGAAGCAGAGCGGCAGGCCCAGGCCCAGUUGGAAAAGGCCAAGACAAAGCCCGUUGCCUUUGCGGUUCGGACAAAUGUCAGCUACAGUGCAGCCCAUGAAGAUGACGUUCCCGUGCCGGGCAUGGCAAUCUCAUUCGAAGCCAAAGAUUUUCUGCAUGUUAAGGAAAAAUUUAACAAUGACUGGUGGAUAGGGCGUUUGGUGAAAGAAGGCUGUGAAAUCGGAUUCAUCCCAAGCCCGGUCAAACUCGAGAACAUGAGGCUACAGCACGAGCAGCGAGCCAAGCAAGGGAAAUUCUACUCCAGUAAAUCAGGAGGAAAUUCAUCGUCCAGUUUGGGUGACAUAGUACCUAGUUCCAGAAAAUCUACACCUCCAUCAUCUGCUAUAGACAUAGAUGCUACUGGCUUAGAUGCAGAAGACAAUGAUAUUCCAGCAAACCACCGCUCCCCUAAACCCAGUGCAAACAGUGUAACGUCACCCCACUCCAAAGAGAAAAGAAUGCCCUUCUUUAAGAAGACAGAGCACACGCCCCCCUACGACGUGGUCCCGUCCAUGCGUCCUGUGGUUCUGGUGGGCCCCUCGCUGAAGGGGUACGAGGUCACAGAUAUGAUGCAGAAAGCGCUGUUUGACUUUUUGAAACACCGGUUUGAAGGGCGGAUCUCCAUCACCCGGGUCACUGCAGACAUCUCACUCGCCAAACGCUCAGUGUUGAACAAUCCCAGUAAGCACGCAAUAAUAGAAAGAUCCAACACGAGGUCAAGCUUAGCGGAAGUUCAGAGUGAAAUUGAAAGGAUUUUUGAACUUGCAAGAACGCUGCAAUUGGUAGUCCUUGAUGCAGACACUAUUAAUCAUCCGGCUCAACUUAGUAAAACCUCUCUGGCCCCGAUUAUAGUGUAUGUAAAGAUCUCCUCUCCGAAGGUUUUACAACGACUAAUAAAAUCGCGAGGGAAAUCUCAAGCUAAACACCUCAAUGUCCAGAUGGUCGCAGCUGACAAACUGGCUCAGUGCCCUCCAGAGUUGUUUGAUGUGAUCCUGGACGAGAACCAGCUCGAGGAUGCUUGUGAACACCUCGCCGAUUACCUGGAGGCCUACUGGAAGGCCACCCACCCGCCCAGCAGCAAUGUCUCCAACCCACUUCUCAACCGGACGUUAGCCACAUCCACGCUGCCUCUUAGCCCCUCUCUAGCCUCUAAUUCACAGGGUUCUCAAGGUGAUCCGAGGACAGAUCGCUCUGCUCUGGCCCGUUCUGCGCCCCGAGUUGAAGAAGAGCCCUGCCUGGAACCAGUCAAGAAGUCCCAGCACCGGUCCUCCACCCAGCACCACAAUCACCGCAGCGCCGUGAGCCGUGGCCUCUCCAGGCAGGAGACAUUUGACUCGGAAACCCAGGAGAGUCGAGACUCUGCCUACGUGGAGCCCAAGGAAGAUUACCCCCACGAACACGUAGACCACUAUGCACCACACCGUGAGCACAACCACGGGAGCAAUGAGCACAGACACAGGGAGACUCGGUACCGUUCCAGGGAUCGAGAGCAGGACCACAAUGAGUGCAACAGACAACGCAGCCGUCAUAAAUCCAAGGAUCGCUAUUGUGACAAGGAUGGAGAAGGAAUAUCCAAAAAACGGAAUGAGGCUGGGGAGUGGAACAGGGAUGUUUACAUCCGCCAAUGACUUGUGCCCUUAUUGUGUGUGUGUGGUUUUUUUUUCUAAGUCUUGUAUAACAGCACUCCAAACUAAUUCUUUGGGGUCCACAUUGCAAUCAUAUGUGAUGUCUUGUAUAUUUUUUAUUGCUGUUGCUUGAAUAGCAAUAGCAUGAAAUAGAGUAUUAAUAUACUUUGUUUUCUUUUGUAAGUGGUACAUGAAUUUGCCUGGUACAGCUGCAGUCCUCCGGUUAUGCUGGACUUUACAGAAACUGGUACAGCUGCCACUUGAACAAAAUCUGUUGCCAUCCAGAUGGCAUUAGUAUUUUCAGAAAUGUAGUGGAUGUGCGCAGCAAGCCAGAAUCAGCCCAGAUAAAAUGUGGUAGGUACCUGAUUUGCAUAUUCACUCAUCCAUGGACACUGUUGCUUGUACCUCUGGCUGACUAAAUUUGGGGACAGAUUCAGUCUUGCCUUACACAAAGGGGAUCAUAAAGUUAGAAUCUAUUUUCUAUGUACUAGUACUGUGUACUGUAUAGACAGUUUGUAAAUGUAAUUUCUGCAAACACCUUCUUAUAUAUAAUAUAAUAUAAUAUAUAUAUAUCAGUUUGAUCACACUAUUUUAGUCUUAAUGCCAAGUCAGCAAUUUCUUUGAAUUACAGGGACUAGAAGUGCCCACAUUCAGGAAAUUUGUAAAAACAUCAUCUAGACACCUAUCCCCAUUCGAGUAGGAAGAUUGUACAUACUGUAAAUAUGUGUGAUUGCUUGACUUGAAAAGGUUUGAUUUCUUACGUUUCCCCAUCCCUGUAAGUACAUCAUUUUGACCAUAAAUUAUGGCAAAUAUAACCAAACUCCAAAGGCUGUUUUAAACCCGUACAGUUUCACACUGAUUGUGACAAACACCUUCUUAGUAGCUAGUGUCUGAGGUCACUGGAGUAUACGAGCCAGAACUGUAUGCACGUGUGUGCGGCUGUGUGAAGUGUGACUGACUUGAGAGAUGAAUCUAAUUAAGAAACUAAACUGAGAACUAGAAUUCUGCCCACCUGGCUGUGCAUUUAACUGUGCUACAUGUUGUUUUCAUGAUGGAUCAAGUGGUCAGGGAUGUGAGGGAACUUGCUGCCAAAGGGGACAUGGGAAAGCAUUCGUCUUGCUGGGUCCCGGUGUCUGCCCCUGGAGAAAAAGUACAGGCAACUUUCAACUGUGUUUCACUGGAAAUGUACAAUCUUUGUGUGUUCGAGUAUUUGUUUUGUGAGAAAUGUUUACACAGCUUGUAGAAUUAUUUUGUGGGAAAAUAAAUUUUUCUAACUUCUCCCACUUCCUUCCCUAACUGUACCCAUCACUCCUGUUGUUUGUCUCCCGCUCACCUGCCAUUUAACCCCUCACCACCAACUCCCAACAAUUUCACUGUCUGUUAAAACCCAGAAGUGCUUCUUAGAACCAAAGUUUCUGCUCUUCAGAAUCGGUCAGGGGGAAAAUGGGGAGAGAUGAAGUCAAUAAAAUGUUUAAAAUAUUUUCCUACACCUGUUCUGAAGGGGAACCCAGGAGAGACUAGCUACCUGCCUCAGCUGUCUUGCUGUAAGCAGCUCACAAUGUGGUUGUCGCUCAAAGACUGAAACCACCCGUGUCUCUUACAUGCCCAUCUUUGUCCAAUUAUGACUGAUCAGUAUUAGAUGUGCAAGUACCUAACACUUGAAGUCUGUAUAUGUCAUCCCAUUGCUCAUUGAUUUGCUCGAGCGGGCACCAGUAACGUCUCAUUGUGAAACUUCCUGUUACUGUUUUUGGCAUAUCGAAUACACCACAGGUAGCUUGCCAGGCUCUGCAGUGCGGGUGAGAUACUCUUGGUAGCUUGCUAGGCUCUCUGAGAGGGACAAAGGAAUCGAACCCAGGUCAGUCACGUGCAAGACAAAUGCCCUACCCGCUGUGCUGUAUACUAUAUAAUUAUUGUUAAAAAUAAGUCACCCUGUUUCUUUUGCUGGAUUAUUCCAAGCUCUUGCCAAAUAUUCUUGAGCCUUUAAGUAAAAUCAUUUCAUAUCUAAUUCAUUAAUUCCCCCUUCCCUCAAGAAUACUUAAAAAAAUUAGUUUACAUAUAUAAUUUUUAUCCAGUAAUAUGAAACAUUCCCCAUUUAACUAUGGGCAAGUUAAAUAUAAAAAUAUAAUAUAUAAAGCUUUGCUUUAAAGUGUUCACCUCAUUAGAAGUACAUAUUCCAAUUUAAGUACUUUCAUAAAAAAAAUUUUAUCUCACCAGCCCCACUGUUCCCUACACACAACUUUAUGUAAAUAACUUUGAAAUAUUUAAAUUCUUUCAAGUACUAUCUUAUUACUUGCUGCUACCAUCAAUCCCUUUGAAAGAAUUAUGCUAACAGAUGAUCAAAAUUUUAUUUUCUUUAAAUUUUAUCCUUGGAUUCUUUUUUUUUUUUUUUUUUUUUUUUGGUUUUUGGGUCACACCCGGCGAUGCACAGGGGUUAUUCCUGGCUCUGCACUCAGGAAUUACCCCUGGCGGUGCUCAGGGGACCAUAUGGGAUGCUGGGAAUUGAACCCGGGUCGGCCGCGUGCAAGGCAAAUGCCCUACCCGCUGUGCUAUUGCUCCAGCCCCUAUCCUUGGAUUCUUAAAUUUCUCACUUGACUGUGAAAAACAUGUUAGUCUGAAUCAGAAUAUUCCUCAAAAGCUCUAUUUUGUAGUUGAGUUUGAGUUGACAUAAGGAGUUCUAUGUGAAAACUUUAUAGUGGGUAUAUGUGUAAACAAUGUGUGCUAUAAAAUCUGCACGGAAUUUUAAAGUGAAGAAAUAAUCCUAAAUCAAUGGAAUACUCACAGAUCAUACAAACCUAGUCUCUUCAUACAGCAAAGGCUUAAUUUUAACCUACUCAGCUAUAGGAUCAUUUUUGUAGUUAGCCUAGAAAAUUCUAAAAAUGUCAACAGUUCUUUUUUCCUUUUUUUGGUCAAGCCCAUUUCACUUUUUCCUAUACUCUUUCUCUACUGCUUAUUUAAGCUAAUGUUACAAAACGGUGCUGCUUAAUGUAGGACAUAUUAGUCAUACUGUACUUUGGGACAAUGCCACAUUUUUAACACUGUCUGCUAUGCAUUCCCAUUAAGCAAUCAUUGUCAGCUACACUAAAAUGUUCAACAAAUAUGGGUUCAAGUAAUUCAUAUAAAACAAAGAGCUGGCUUCUGUAUUGUUUAUUAGUAGCAGCAUUGAUUACUGUCUUGGAAAAAGAUUUUUAAAGUAGAGAAUGGCAAACAUUCAACAGGGCUACAAACAGGGGUUGGUGAAGACCAUUUGCCCUCCAUGUGCACAGCCCGAGUUUGAUUCCUGGCGCUGCCAAAAAUAAAUUGACAUAUUCAGUUCCACUUGCCCCUGUGGAAUGUCUUAAAAGCAAUGCCAGUCAUCGAUAUUCCUUUAGUGAGCUUAUUAUGUUGAUUUAAAAAAAGAAAAAAGAUUUCAGGUAGGUAAAGGAUCUAUUAAGACGUUAAGUACAGCUCUCCCACCUUAAUUCUAUAUUUGCAGCAAUUCUUGACUCAACUUAAAAUUUCAUUAUUCACUUUUAUAGGAGAGAUUUACUUUAAUUCCUCAUCCAUGUCCCUUUACGCAAUGAUGUCCAUACUGAUAGUCUUAGAUGCUCUGAUCUUAUUAAAACUCCAAGAGUCAGUGUUAGAAAAAAACAGGUAACUAGAUGGUUCUGGGUCAGUUGUUUCAUUAUGGCUAAGUUAUAUUUUUAUCUAUUUGUACUUCACUUUGCUAUUUAAACUAACGUGAUAACAGGGUUUUGAAGUGUACUCACUGUUGAAUUUAAAUGCUCUUAUGUUUUGCAGAAAUAUGUGUUAAUACUUAAUGGUAAAGAUAAUAUAUUAAUUUUUCUCCACA